CGUAAAGGUAAUGUCACUCGAUUUCGGUACAUCUACUCCAUAAGUGCUCCGUCGGCCAGUAUAAAAGUGUCGCAAUCGCUUCACUCUGCCGUACGUGAUAAACAACACCACCAUCGCCAGUACAAUACCUCUUUCUGUCCAUCUACUGCUACCGGAAUCGUAUCAUUCUCAAUCGACCACCUCCUGCAAUCCUAGUCAUUCUCAAAAUCUCUUUCCCUUCACGACUUCCAUCAUGGGUUCCAUAGAUCAGAGACCACUGAUAAUCAACAAGCCCGCUCAGGGCAUCUCGUACUUCACACCCGCGCAGAACCCACCAUCUGGGACCGCGAGGGAUCCUCAAUCCGACCACCAUGCCAUCCCAAAGAUAUUCCAACCCCUCAAAAUCCGAGGAGUCACCUUCCAGAACCGCAUCUGGCUCUCACCCCUCUGCCAGUACUCCGCGCAGGAUGGCCACCUGACCGAUUGGCACCUGACGCACCUCGGCGGCAUCAUCCAGCGCGGGCCGGGGCUCGCGAUGGUGGAGGCAACGUCGGUGACGCCCGAGGGUCGAAUCACGCCCGAGGACAGCGGACUGUGGCAAGACAGCCAGAUUGCCCCCCUGAAACGCAUCGUCGAGUUCGCGCACAGCCAAUCCCAAAAGAUCGCCAUCCAGAUCGGCCACGCAGGGCGCAAAGCCAGCACCGUCGCACCCUGGCUCAGUCUCGGCGACACCGCCCUGGCCGGUGAGGCGAACGGCUGGCCCGACGACACCCUCGCCCCCAGCGCCGUCGCUUUCGCACCGACCUACCCUCACCCCAAUGCCCUGACCCUCGAGGGCAUCCGCCGCAUCAAGGACGCCUUUGUGUCCGCCGCGAGGCGCGCCGUCGAAGCCGGGUUUGAUGUUGUCGAGAUCCACAACGCGCACGGGUACCUACUCCACCAGUUCCUCAGCCCCGUGAGCAACAAGCGCACGGAUGCGUACGGUGGUUCAUGGGAGAACAGGACCCGACUGACGCGUGAAAUCGUCGAGGCCGUCCGCGCCGCCAUCCCGAGUGACAUGCCGUUGUUUCUGAGAAUCAGCGCCGACGACUGGCUGGAGGGUCAGGACGAGAAGGAGUUCCCGGAGUCCUGGACGCUGCGGGACACCGUCAAGCUCGCGCCCAUCCUCGCGGACCUGGGCGUGGACUUGCUCGACGUGAGUUCCGGCGGUGUCCACCCGAGUCAGAAGAUCAAGGGUGGACCGGGAUACCAGGCGCCCUUCUCAAAGGCGGUCAAGGACGCCGUCGGGGACAAGAUGCUCGUCACGGCCGUCGGGUCCAUCACGAAUGGUCCACAGGCCGAGGAAAUCGCCCAGUCAGGCGUCGACGGUGUGUUCGUGGGGAGGCUCUUCCAGAAGAAUCCCGGCCUGGUAUGGACUUUUGCAGAAGAGUUGGGGACCGAGAUUCACGUUGCCAACCAGAUCGGCUGGGGAUUCGGAGGGCGCGCAGGUGGCAAGGGAAAGCAUUAGAGGAAAGUCUGCUAAAUAAAGGGCGCAGAUGACUUUUUGCGUGGGAGGGUCUCAAAAAGAUUCUUCAUGGGGGAUAAUAAGAAACAGCAAUGGCGUUGAGUGUGUCUGGUGCAAGACAAACAUAUAUUGAUAUACAUAUAGAAAAGGAUCUGUGAUGACAUUGUGA